ACCGCCUAGUGGCGCUCAUUUCCUCUAAUAGUGACGACAGCGGAAGACGCGUUUGGUAUCGCGGCGAGGGCUCGACAAUUUAACACACAUAGUCGCGGUUUCACAGUUUGUUGUCGUCGCGCGUCUGGGAAAAGUUUGCGUGCGAAAACGAAAUUAGGUCAGAGACAUAGUAGUAAUAAACCCCUUCGGGCAGACAGAGACCACGUGCAACCGUUUACACAACCGCAGACAACCUUGAACUUGAACUUUUCAGUAAGGUUCAGUGAGAGUUUAGUUGAGAUACCCAUUCAAGAUGAAGAUCGACGGAAAGAUAAGCACCAGCCAGAUGGAGCAGAACUGGACUCGGUACAUGGUGAUGACCGAUGUCAAGUCACUCCGGAAGCCCGUGGAGUUUCAGGAAGAGAAUGAAGUGCAAGCCAGUAUACAAACGAACAAAUCACUGCAAAAGAACUUCACCAUCGUAACUCCGGUCGAGAAAGGUCUUCAAUGUACUCCGUACAUUUUGAACACUCCGGUUUGGACGGAACACAAUAGCCUGGUUCACACGGGAAUAACCCACUACGAGGGAGGAUGGCCUAAGGAUAUCGAUACUCACGAUGAGGAAGUGACGGCCAGGUAUAGGCGGAAGCAGGAAAAAAGCGAAGCCUAUCUACAUCAGAUGAAGGGGCUGACCAAGACCAUGGAACACGCAAUUCUCCAGAACAGCGCUUGUGAUAUUUACCAGAACUACUUUGAAGACAUCGAGCAACAUGAACUGAUUGAACAGUUUAGCUCGAAGACUGUCCACGUGUACAAGGACAACCUGGAUGUGAAACGAUCUUGUAGCUACAUCUGCUGGUCGGAAGAAGGAAUGCAUUUCGCUUCCAUUCACUGCAACAUUGGAGAAAUGAACAAUACCGUUACGGAUUCUUACAUUUGGGACAUCGAGAAUCCCAACGUACCAUUGCAAACCCUUGUGCCGCCUUAUCAAGCGCGUUGCUUGGAGUACAAUUUCAAAGAUGGUUGUCAACUGGCCGGCGGUUUGUUCUCGGGUCAAAUAGCCAUCUGGGACAUAAGGGUAGCGAACGAACCGGUGGAAAUAACCCUACGUGAAGCGAGCCACAAGGAUGUUGUCACAAAGGUUCUGUGGACGGGGACGAAGACGUCCAAUGAGUUUCUGUCCGGUUCGACGGACGGUAGGAUUCUUUGGUGGGAUAUGCGAAAUUUGAACGAGCCGUACGACUUCCUGAAUCUUGCACCCAAGGAUACUCAGAACGUUGACCCGAAACGAUGCUUUGGCGUUUGUGCAGUGGAAUUCGAGCAAACGAUGCCAAACAAGUACACGGUUGGGACAGAGAAUGGGUUGAUCUACAGCUGCAGCCGGAAGUACAAAACACCAGCAGAUAAGAUCCAAGCCCUGACGAUAGCUCACACAGGACCAGUGUAUUCGGUCGAAAGGAAUCCGUUGUUUAUCAAAAACUAUAUAAGCGUUGGCGAUUGGCAGACGAAAAUAUGGACGGAGGAUUGUCGCGAUAAUCCCAUAGUAUGGACGAAGGAGUACGCUGUCCAGCUGACGUGUGGCGUGUGGAGCCCAACGCGUUGUUCGUUGGUGUUUAUUUGCCGCAUGGACGGUGUUAUGGAUGCUUGGGACGUUAUCCAUCGCCUGGAUGGACCGGUUCUUCGCAUCAAGCUCUCCGAUGUGCCACUUUUGGCACUGCGCGUUCACAAAAGCGGAAAGUUGAUCGCAAACGGUACUGAGGGAGGAGCAAUCUACCUAACCGAAAUAUCCGAUAACCUUACGUUCAGUUCGGCCAACGAUAAACCGGCACUGUCCGGUAUGCUUGAGCGCGAGAUGCGACGUCAGCGUUUGCUGGAGGCCAAGAUCAAGGAAAUGAAACUGAAGGAAAAGGAACUCGAACGGGAACGUAUCCGCCGGCAGAUGCGCAUGGAGAAGGAUAAUUCCAUCGAGGAUGAGGAGCAGGACCUCAUACUGGAGGCACAACACCAGUUCUGGACGAAGAUCCACGGCCGCAAGAGUUUGAAGAAUACGUUGAAGGGAAUUCGGAUGCGAGACGCCGGAGUGAAUUUACUGAAACCGGGCAAGAAGCCGAUGAUGAAAAAAGAUAAAAAGGAAUAAAAAUGUUUAACUAUUGUCCGUUUUAGUAGGUUAAAGUUUUUGGAAAUACUUUUUAGAAGCAAAGCUUCGCAAAAUGUUAAGUGUUGAUGUUUCUAAUAGUAUGAAUUUUUAAAGUAAUUAUAAUAAUGUGAUAUAGAAAUGAAAGAUACAGGAAUCUACAAUAAUUAAACGAAUUUAUUAAAGUUUACUUCGUAUAAAACAACAUUUUAAAAUGUUUGAGAUAAUUACGAAAGACCAAUAAAUACUAGAUUUGUAGUGAGUUGAGACAUAAA